AAAUUUUGUUUUAAUAUAGCUCUAGUAUAAAAAAUAUUUAAUACGCAUUUUGUAAGCUUUAACACCUUCAUUGUGGCUCUAUGAUAAGUGAUUUUGGUUUUACGUUAAUUUUUGUGGCGCUCUGUAGCAACUGUUGCAGAUAAAGUGUAAACUGCAUCGAUUUGAUUCAAAUUCAAAUCCCCAGCUCAUACCUUAUACCUCAUACCUUCUCUCAUACCAGCUCAUACAUACCUUAAGUUUUGUAAUUCUGUAGUAUCACCUAGCAAAAUUCGCAACUCUGUGGCAUAACAGCAAAUUUCGUAAUUUUGAGUAUGACAACUAAUGUGCAAACUGUCCAUGUAUCAUCUUUAUCUUGUCGCUAGACUACUAAUGAUUUUAGCUUUGCACAUCGUCAGCUGAAUUCAUUGAUUCUUAUAGGAAUCACUCUUUACCUGAGUUGUUUUGUUGUUGUUAAUAUCCAAAGACAUGAGUAAAGGUUUAUGGAUUUUUAAUGGUAAUAAAACUCAUCUUUUAAAGUAAUUGUUUGAAUAUGCCAGAUUUUUAGGACUUUUUAAUGGGCACAAACAACUUCUUUGCUUUUUUGUCCCUGUGCUUUUUUUCUAAAAAAUAAAUUGUAUGCAUUUUUUGUUUUAAUAAGUUUGUCCAUAUUUUGGGGUUUUAUUUAAGCACGUUUAAUACUGCUUUGCUGGGCUAAAUGUGAAAAAAGUCAUCAACAGUUAAUAACCUUUCAACAUGCAACAGUAGGUAAUUGUGAUUAUUAUUUAUUAUUUUAUAUUCUGUUGUUUUUGCUGAAAAAUGAGAUAUAAUAUGAUGCGGUUUGGUAAUAUUUAUUUAAUAUUAUGUACUUUUAACAUAUGCUUGUAAAACUUCUAAACACUAGAGAUGAGACGCUUUGAGAGCUACCUAUUAAGUGAACAGUGCGGGGAGGGGGAAAGAGAGAGAUAGAGAUGUGGAGAGGGAGAAGAAGCGCGGACUCACUUCCCCCUCCACUUUCCUUACCAACCACCAACCACUCCUCAGUCGCCACUUUACCACUCGUAGGGUAUGUGUUACAUAACAGCUGUUUUACAAACCCAGUAAUAAUAACAACAGCUGUUAACAAUAAAUAUUAUUGUUUCAAUACUUCUAAAUACUUACAUAUUAAAUAGAUGCAAUGCACUAUCCUUAACAUAAAUAAUAAUGUAUGUUAUUGCGUAACAACGAGAGUAACAAAACAUAGCGUGAUGCUCCAUAACACCAACACAGGGAUGCAGAGCACCAGCAAGAAAUAGAUCAAGCAGUGAAGAGGGCGUGGUCAAGCUCCUGCUCCUCCUCCUCCCCCUCCCAUGCGCAAGAAAUCUUCGCGCAGGUCGCUUUCCAUGCGGCUCGUCUAUAGUAGCACUACAACAGGAAGUGGCGCGUCUCUGCGGAUGACGGUGGGGAGAUACGCCUGUAGCCGGUGUCCCCGCACAUACGCCCACAAAGGGGACCUGACACGUCACAGCAAGCAAGAGUGUGGGGUCGAGCCCAUGUUCUCCUGUCCGUAUUGUCUUCACCGCAGCCAUCGCAAGGCCAACCUCAAGAUACACGUCAACCUGAUACAUAAGCUCCCUGCGUAGUCAAUAAAAUUACAAACGUUA